AUGCAAGCAUGCCUUAAGUCACUAGCUUUCGACGAGAUGGAAAGCCGGCUGUUUGAGGUUGAAGACGCUACUGUUGGCACAUGUAAAUGGCUUCUUAGCCAUAAAACUCUGCUACACUGGACUCGUCAACAUCGAGGGUUACUCUGGAUAAGGGGGAAACCAGGAUCUGGAAAGUCAACGCUCAUGAAAUAUGCUCUUCGAGAGACCCCUGCCAUUUAUAAUGCAGAUAAUAUGGUAAUUUCCUUCUUUUUCCAUGGACGCGGCCAGGAACUUCAAAAAACUCCGCUUGGGCUCUACCGGUCUCUUAUACAUCAGUUACUUAGGCGUGUACCAGGCGCACUUACUGAUCUGAUCGACUAUUUUGAGGACCAGCGAAAGACAAUUGGCGAGCCCGGAGAUAAGUGGAAGUGGGAGUUACAGAAACUGCAAUCUUUCUUAGAAUCUUCGCUUACAAGAAUUCUGAAGACGUUUUCAGUUACACUCUAUAUUGAUGCGCUGGACGAGUGUGGCGAAGAACUUGCCGUUAAACUUAUCAGUAACCUCAAGCAUCUACAUUCAAGUCUUCCAUCAACGAAUUAUCGUUUUGGCAUCUGCUUCUCCUGUCGUGAAUACCCUAUUCUCGAUUUCAAUGGAGGAUCAACUAUAGUGCUACAUGAAGAAAAUAAUGCAGACAUCGCUACUUUUAUUAAAGAGUCCUUCUCUGCAAGCGAUAUAGAUGCUGGAAUACGAGAAAAGAUUUCUCUUCGAGCGCAAGGAGUUUUUUUAUGGGCACACUUAGUUGUUCAACGCUUAUUAGGGAUGAAGCGAAACAGGGAGCCGAGAGGCAGGAUCGAGGCAGAAAUCGACAUGGUACCUCAAAGUUUAGAUGCACUAUAUUCCCAGCUUAUCCAGGGUAUGAAAGAUCGCCCAGACGCCUUAAAGCUGAUACAGUGGAUUUGUUUCUCCACGAGACCAUUAACAACGGUUGAAAUGCAAUGGGCAAUGGCAGUCAAUGCCGACGGUACACAGAAGUCGCUCGAGGAUUAUUGCCAGUCGGAUGACUUCAUUUCCGACGAUGAUAUCGAUACGAGAAUCAAGGUCCUAAGCUGGGGACUCGCAGAGACCGUCACCUCCACAAAAACUCGCAUCGUUCAGUUCAUCCACCAGUCCGUCAAGGACUUCUUCAUUGAACGCGGGCUCCUGAUUUUAGGUGAGACUAAAGAAAUCGACUUAGUACGCCCUUAUGCUCAUUAUCGGCUAUCCCGUUCUUGCAUCUUUUACCUCAGAAUGGCUAUAUUCUCUCAGUCUGGGCCACCUGACUGGCAAAACAAGUCCAAGUUUCCUUUACUACACUAUGCCACAACAUCAUGGAUAUCUCACGUAAAGUUGGGUGAGACAGCAGAAAAGAGUCCGGAUGAGCUCCUGAGAUGUCUAGGAUGGCCGAACGAGUCAUUGACUAGAGUCUGGGUAGAGAUAAACAACUUAAUGGAGCCCUUCUAUCCGAGACAACAUAAAUGUGGAAGUAAAUUUGUGCAUAUUUUGUCCAGAUACGGCUUAACAGCAUUACUCUCCUCUAUUCUGCUUUAUAUAGGCAAGGACGAUGUUGAUAUAAAGGAUACAGAAUAUGACCGAACACCGCUGUCAUGGGCUGCUCAGUACGGCCAGGAUAUCAUUGUCAAGAUGCUUCUUGAAACAGGCAAGGUCGAUGUCGAUGCGAAAGAUUCAAAUGGCCGAACACCACUGUCAUGGGCUGCUAAGAACGGCCACGACAACGUUGUCAAGAUGCUUCUUGAAACAGGCAAGGUCGAUGUCGAUGCGAAAGAUUCGGAUGGUCGAACACCACUUUUGUGGGCUACUGGGAACGGCCACGAUAACGUUGUCAAGAUGCUUCUUGAAACAGGCAAGGUCGAUGUCGAUGCGAAAGAUUCGUAUGGCCGAACACCGCUAUCAUGGGCUGCUAAGAACUGCCACGACAACGUUGUCAAGAUGCUUCUUGAAACAGGCAAGGUCGAUGUCGAUGCGAAAGAUUCGUAUGGCCGAACACAGCUGUCAUGGGCUGCUAAGAACGGCCACGACAACGUUGUCAAGAUGCUUCUUGAAACAGGCAAGGUCGAUGUCGAUGCGAAAGAUUCGUAUGGCCGAACACUGCUAUCAUGGGCUGCUAAUAACGGCCACGACAACGUUGUCAAGAUGCUUCUUGAAACAGGCAAGGUCGAUGUCGAUGCGAAAGAUUCGGAUGGUCGAACACCACUUUUGUGGGCUACUGGGAACGGCCACGAUAACGUUGUCAAGAUGCUUCUUGAAACAGGCAAGGUCGAUGUCGAUGCGAAAGAUUCGUAUGGCCGAACACCGCUAUCAUGGGCUGCUAAGAACUGCCACGACAACGUUGUCAAGAUGCUUCUUGAAACAGGCAAGGUCGAUGUCGAUGCGAAAGAUUCGUAUGGCCGAACACAGCUGUCAUGGGCUGCUAAGAACGGCCACGACAACGUUGUCAAGAUGCUUCUUGAAACAGGCAAGGUCGAUGUCGAUAUAAGAGAUAUAGAAUAUGGCCGAACACCGCUGUCAUGGGCUGCUAAUAACGGCCACGACAACGUUGUCAAGAUGCUUCUUGAAACAGGCAAGGUCGAUGUCGAUGCGAAAGAUUCGGAUGGUCGAACACCACUUUUGUGGGCUACUGAGAACGGCCACGAUAACGUUGUCAAGAUGCUUCUUGAAACAGGCAAGGUCGAUGUCGAUGCGAAAGAUUCGUAUGGCCGAACACCGCUAUCAUGGGCUGCUAAGAACUGCCACGACAACGUUGUCAAGAUGCUUCUUGAAACAGGCAAGGUCGAUGUCGAUGCGAAAGAUUCGUAUGGCCGAACACUGCUGUCAUGGGCUGCUAAGAACGGCCACGACAACGUUGUCAAGAUGCUUCUUGAAACAGGCAAGGUCGAUGUCGAUAUAAGAGAUAUAGAAUAUGGCCGAACACCGCUGUCAUGGGCUGCUAAGAACGGCCACGACAACGUUAUCAAGAUGCUUCUUGAAACAGGCAAGGUCGAUGUCGAUGCGAAAGAUUCAAAUGGCCGAACACCACUGUCAUGGGCUGCUAAGAACGGCCACGACAACGUUGUCAAGAUGCUUCUUGAAACAGGCAAGGUCGAUGUCGAUGCGAAAGAUUCGGAUGGUCGAACACCACUUUUGUGGGCUACUGAGAACGGCCACGAUAACGUUGUCAAGAUGCUUCUUGAAACAGGCAAGGUCGAUGUCGAUGCGAAAGAUUGGGAUGGCCGAACACCGCUAUCAUGGGCUGCUCAGUACGGCCACAACAACGUUGUCAAGAUGCUUCUUGAAACAGGCAAGGUCGAUGUCGAUAUAAGAGAUAUAGAAUAUGGCCGAACACCGCUGUCAUGGGCUGCUAAGAACGGCCACGACAACGUUAUCAAGAUGCUUCUUGAAACAGGCAAGGUCGAUGUCGAUGCGAAAAAUUUGUAUGGCCGAACACCGCUAUCAUGGGCUGCUCAGUACGGCCACAACAACGUUGUCAAGAUGCUUUGUGAAACAGGCAAGGUCGAUGUCGAUGCGAAAGAUUCGGAUGGUCGAACACCACUUUUGUGGGCUACUGAGAACGGCCACGAUAACGUUGUCAAGAUGCUUCUUGAAACAGGCAAGGUCGAUGUCGAUGCGAAAGAUUGGGAUGGCCGAACACCGCUAUCAUGGGCUGCUCAGUACGGCCACAACAACGUUGUCAAGAUGCUUCUUGAAACAGGCAAGGUCGAUGUCGAUAUAAGAGAUAUAGAAUAUGGCCGAACACCGCUGUCAUGGGCUGCUAAGAACGGCCACGACAACGUUAUCAAGAUGCUUCUUGAAACAGGCAAGGUCGAUGUCGAUGCGAAAAAUUUGUAUGGCCGAACACCGCUAUCAUGGGCUGCUCAGUACGGCCACAACAACGUUGUCAAGAUGCUUUGUGAAACAGGCAAGGUCGAUGUCGAUGCGAAAGAUUCGGAUGGUCGAACACCACUUUUGUGGGCUACUGAGAACGGCCACGAUAACGUUGUCAAGAUGCUUCUUGAAACAGGCAAGGUCGAUGUCGAUGCGAAAGAUUGGGAUGGCCGAACACCGCUAUCAUGGGCUGCUCAGUACGGCCACAACAACGUUGUCAAGAUGCUUCUUGAAACAGGCAAGGUCGAUGUCGAUAUAAGAGAUAUAGAAUAUGGCCGAACACCGCUGUCAUGGGCUGCUAAGAACGGCCACGACAACGUUAUCAAGAUGCUUCUUGAAACAGGCAAGGUCGAUGUCGAUGCGAAAAAUUUGUAUGGCCGAACACCGCUAUCAUGGGCUGCUCAGUACGGCCACAACAACGUUGUCAAGAUGCUUUGUGAAACAGGCAAGGUCGAUGUCGAUAUAAGAGAUAUAGAAUAUGGCCAAACACCGCUGUCAUGGGCUGCUAAGAACGGCCACGACAACGUUGUCAAGAUGCUUCUUGAAACAGGCAAGGUCGAUGUCGAUGCGAAAGAUUCGGAUGGUCGAACACCACUUUUGUGGGCUACUGAGAACGGCCACGAUAUCAUUUUAAGACACUUCUUGAAACGGGCAUAG